AUGAGUGUGAGCGCCACCAAGAUUAGUUUUAAAGGAAUAGUUUCUAAAAAUAAUCAACAACCAUCAUAUUUUGAUAUGCCCGCAUUGGCAUCCGAUCGCUGGAACUUUGUUUUAUUUGAACGAACUGGUGCUGUGCACUUUUGGACAAUGGCCAGGGUAAUGGUUGAUGGAGGGUAA